AUGUCAUGGGAAAUGGAAUUAGAUGAAAGUCUUUUAGAAGACUUAUAUAUAUGGAUUGAUAGUCUUCCGUUAUCAAGACCAAAGAAAAGAAUUGAACGAGAUUUUUCUGAUGGUUUAUUAAUUGCUGAAAUCAUUCGUUACUAUUUACCUGAUUUAGUUGAAAUGCAUAAUUAUACACCAGCUAAUUCUUUACAACAAAAAAAAGCUAAUUGGGGAAUAUUAAAUAAGAAAAUUUUAUCAAAUUUUGGUCUCGAUUUACCAGAUGUUAUUAUAAAUGGUCUUUCUAAUGGGAAACCAGGUCUUAUUGAAGUCCUUCUAUUUAAUUUAAGACUUAAAAUCGAUGAAGAAUUAGAAUUACAACAAAAAAUGCAACAGCAACAUCAACAAAAUCCAACAAUAACACCACGUCAAUCAUCUCUUUCACAUAUAACAUCAAAUUCAACAACAACAAGAUCAAUAUCAAAAAUAAAUCAAACAAAUAAAUCAGCUAAAAUAAAUAAUUUACCACAAAAAGAUAUAUCUCGUCUUGAUUAUGAAGAAAUAAAACAACAAUGUUUAAAACAACAAGAAGAUAUUGAAAUUCUUCAUGCGAAAAUUCGUCGUCUUGAACAUGUUCUUCAAUUAAAAGAUAUUAGAAUAAGUGAAUUAUCAAGAGCUGUUGAAGAUAGUCGACCCACAAGACCCACUGCUAUUAAAAAAAAAUAA